AUGCCGCCGCUGGAAACGCUGCGCGAAUUGUCAGCGUUCCCCGGCCAGCGUGCUGCGGCCGCGAAGGCCGCGAAGGCCGCGCGCACGCUGCCCUGUGACUGCGUGCUGCUUUCGGGCUCAGCAGUCGUGAACGAGGCGCUGCUCACCGGCGAAGCGAUCCCGCAGAUGAAAACGGAACCGGACACGCGCGCCUGCAUCGAAGCGCUGCGCAGCGUGAACGUGCGCGUGAAGAUGAUCACCGGCGACAGCCUGCUGACCGCGGAGGCGUUGAAGUCGACGCACUGCGUGACGCUGAUGUGCGGCGACGGCACCAACGACGUGCGCGCGCUGAAGGCCGCGCACUUAGGCGUGAGUCUGCGACGAAGACACGCCGCACUACACUGA